AUGGCCAAAAAUGAUGCGGUGAUACAAAGUCAAGCUGCCUCUCUUCAAAACUUAGAGUUGCAACUUGGACAUUUGGCCAAUGAAUUAAAAGCUAGGCCGCAAGGUUCUUUGCCUAGUGACACGGAAAAUCCAAGGAGGGAUGGGAAGGAGGAAUGCAAUGCCAUUCAGCUAAGGAGUGGCAAGAAUCUGAAAAAUUCUGAGGAGGAAAUAAAGGGUAGUGGGGAGCCCACUUUAAUCCAAAUCGACGAAAAAUUGAGUAACAAAACUGCCCAGGAAUUUGCUGAUACCAGUCCAGUUGAUACAGCAAAGGGUCAGCAACCUGACAGUCAGCAAUCCGCACCAGUAUGUUCUAGUCCUAAACCACCCCUUCCAUUUCCUCAAAGAUUUCGGAAACAGCAGCAAGAUGGACAAUUUAGGAAGUUUUUGGAUGUGUUGAAACAGCUCCAUAUCAAUAUUCCCUUGGUAGAAGCGCUAGAGCAAAUGCCAAAUUAUGUCAAGUUCUUAAAAGAUAUUUUGACAAAGAAAAGGAGGCUUGGCGAGUUUGAAACGGUUGCUUUGACCGAGGGUUGUAGCGCUAUGUUGAAGAAUAAAAUUCCACCUAAAUUGAAAGAUACGGGCAGCUUUACAAUUCCAAUUUCUAUUGGGGGACGGGAUGUUGGAAGAGCUCUUUGUGAUUUGGGAGCUAGUAUUAAUCUCAUGCCCAUGUCUAUUUUCAAGAAGUUGGGAAUUGGAGAAGCAAGGCCAACCACCGUCACUUUGCAACUAGCGGAUCGUUCCAUGGCUCAUCCGGAUGGAAAAAAUGAAGAUGUUUUGGUACAAGUAGAUAAGUUCAUCUUUCCGGCGGACUUCAUUAUUCUUGACUAUGAGGAAGAUAGGGAAGUUCCAAUCAUUUUAGGGAGGCCAUUUCUUGCCACGGGAAGGACUUUGAUAGAUGUUGAAAAAGGAGAGCUCACCAUGAGAGCUCAAGAUGAGCAAGCCACAUUCAAGGUUUUCCAUCCCAUACGUGGCCCGGAUGCAAUAGGAGAAUGCUUAGCAAUUGGAGAUAUGGAUCCUAACAUGGUUGAGGAGUCUAAAUUCAAAGUUAGUAAGAAGGUGAGAAAGAAGAUUCUCCUUAAAGAAAUUGCUAAGGAUCACGACGCACAAGAAAGCAAAGACAAAGCAUCAAUUGACUCUAAAAAAACCACCCAAAAAGAGAAAGAAAAAGAAGCUUAG